UGGGAGGAGUGUCGACAACCUAUAACUUGGGAAAGACGUGAAGCUUCUUCUAUUGGAUCAUUUUCGUCCUUCGCAGGAAGGGAUAGCCUUAGAGAAGUUCCUGGCGUUGAAGCAAGAGAGCACUGUGAAGGAUUACCGUAGAAUGUUUGAGAUGUUGGCUGCACCUUUGCUGGCGAUUCCUGAAUCAGUGAUGGAGGAGAAUUUCAUCAACGGAUUGAGCCCAGAAAUACGUGCUGAAGUACGGUUGAUGAGGCCCCAGGGGUUGGGCCAAAUCAUGGAAUUGGCCUAAAGAGUGGAGGAUAGGAACGAGUCCCUGAAAUGAGCCCAUUUGAGGCCAGGCCCAAUUAUGUAUAAAGGCAGUGAUAUAGUCUCGUCGGGCAGCCCCAAUUCAUUUAGCCCCUCUCACCAAUUCAGCCCAACGUCUCUACCUCUGAAGUCGUCCACAGUGACGAUAGCCAACUCCAAGUUGGCAGCAAUUCCGAUGCCGCAACCGGUAAUUGUAGCUAAGCCGACGUCUCCCUUUAAGAGACUCAUCGACCCCGAGUUGCAUGAGAAGAGGGAUAAGGGUCUUUGCUAUCGCUGCGAUGAAAAGUUUAAGCCCAAUCAUAAAUGCACAAAUAUGGAAUUGCAAGUGCUUGUGGUACAAGAAGAGAAUGGGAUGGAGCAAGUGGAAGCACCUGAGGAGGAAGAAAGUGAUGAACUGGGGGAGUUGAUUGAACUAUCCAUUAAAUCGGUGGUUGGCCUCUCCGUGCCUCAAACAAUGAAGCUUCAGGGUUCCAUUUUAGGGCAGAGUGUGAUAGUGAUUAUUGAUUGUGGUGCUACCCACAAUUUUAUUUCGAAUGAGCUAGUUUGGAAACUUGGGUUGAACAUCUCCAGUAAGUACAGUUAUGGAGCCAUUAUGGGAACAGGGCUCGUGGUCAAUGGAGGUUGAGUGUGUCGAGGAGUAGUGGUAUCUCUACCACAGAUUGAUGUAGUGGAAGAUUUCCUACCAUUAAAGUUGGGAUGCACAGUGAUCGUGGGAAUGAAGUGGUUGGGAACCUUGGGGAAGAUGCAGGUAAACUGGGGAGCAUUGACUAUGCGUUUUAAGGUAGGGGAAAAGAAACCAUUGUGUUGCGAGGGGACCCCAAUCUAGAUAAAUAGCGAGUGUCCCUAAAGUCGAUAGUGAAGUCCAUUAGGAAUGGGGAACAAGGGGUGUUGCUGGAAUUGGGGAGUUUGGGUAUGGUCUCUGAGGAAAUGGGGAUUGAGAUGCUUGAUACAAUCUGGCACUUGUUGAAGGAAUAUGGUAGGGUAUUUGGAGAAUCCUACGAGCUUUUUCCAACACGAACACGGGAUCACGCGAUUACAUUGCAACCGGGGACAGCAGCAAUCAAUGUGAGACCCUAUUGUUAUCCUUAUGCCCAGAAAAAUGAAAUUGAGAAGUUGGUUCAGGAGAUGCUAGUUGCUGGGAUUAUACAACCUAGUCAUAGUCCAUUCUCGAGCCCAGUUCUACUGAUUAAGAUGGAUGGGAGUUGGCGCUUUUGUGUGGACUAUCGUGCCCUCAAUAAGGUUACAAUACCUGAUCGCUUCCCAAAAUCGGUAAUUGAUGAGUGUUGGAUGAAUUACAUGGAGCCCGAGUAUUUUCUAAGCUGGAUUUGAAGCCAGGAUACCAUCAGAUCAGGGUUAAGGCAGAAGACAUCCCCAAGACUACUUUCUGAACUUACGAGGGUCAUUACAAGUUCUUGGUAAUGCCCUUUGGGUUGACAAAAGCAUUGGCUACCUUCCAGCACUUAAUGAAUGAGAUCUUCAGACCCUUUUUAAGGAAAUUUGUACUGGUCUUCUUUGACGACAUUUUGGUGUACAGUGUGACGGUAGAGGAACAUUGUCAGCAUUUGCAUAAAGUCUUGGGAAGCCUGCAGGAGCAUAAGUUGUUUGCUAAUGCAAAGAAACGUGUAUUUGGACAGCAGAAGAUUGAAUAUUUAGGUCACAUCAUAUCUGAGGAAGGAGUGGCAACCGAUCAGAGUAAAAUUAAAGCAAUGAUCUGCUGGCCCCCACGCUACGUCAAGGAGCUCUGAGGGUUCCUUGGCCUGACAAGCUAUUACAUGCAGUUUGUGGCGGGAUAUGCCAAGGUUGCAUGGCCACUAACCGAGCUUCUUAAGAAAAAUGGAUUCUUUUGGAGUAACGAGGCAGAGAGAGCAUUCCAAGAACUGAAGGCAGCCAUGACAGAUGUCCCCGUAUUCUCAUUGCCUGACUUUUCACAAUAGUUCGUCAUUGAAAUUGAUGCUUCAGGGUAUGGACUGGGGACUGUGCUGAUGCAGAACCAUCACGCUAUUGCCUAUUAUAGCCACAUUCUUCCAUCUAAUGCAAGAAAAAAAUCAGUCUACGAGCAGGAAUUAAUGGCAAUUGUGUUUGCUGUUCAGAAAUGGCGGCAUUACUUACUGGGACGGCACUUUGUUGUGCUGACGGAUCAAAGAAGUCUGAAGUUUUUGUUGGAACAACGUAUGGUCAGCGAAGAGCAUCAAAAGUGGCUAACCAAGUUGUUGGGGUACAGUUUUGACAUCCAGUACCAACUUGGGGUGCAAAAUAAGGCUACAGACGCUCUUUCUCGGGUUGAACCAACCCUCAGUAACUUGAUGAUCUCUACUCCCAGGUCGCUACAUUUAGAAGAGCUCAAACAAGCUAUUGCCGCAGAUGAUGUUUAGGGUAAGCUGGUGAAUGACAUACAGUCUGGGCUUCUAGUGAAACCUGGUUUUACACUUGCAGAAGGGGCUGGUGCUUCCCAAAAACUCUCCUUUUGUCACAACCAUAUUGCAGGAAGGCCAUGAUUCCAAGAUAGGUGGGCACUCCGGUUUCCUUAAGACAUAUAAAAGGGUUGCACGUGAGGUUUAUUGGUUGGGGAUGAAAAAAGAUGUGUAGGAUUAUGUGGCUAACUGUGCCAUAUGCUAACAGAACAAGUACAUGGCUUUGUCUCCUUAUGGGCUGUUGCAGCCUUUACCUAUUCCGGACUCAAUUUGGGACGAUAUCUCACUUGACUUCAUUGAAGGGCUACCCAAGUCGGGGGGAUGGAUACUAUAUUGGUUGUGGUGGAUCAUUUGAGUAAUUAUGGUCAUUUCAUCGGUUUAAAACACCCCUUCACUGCUCCCGAGGUUGCUGAGGUAUUCAUACGAGAGAUAGUUCGUUUGCAUGGCAUGCCCCAGUCGAUUGUGUGACGGGGACCGGAUCUUCAUGAGUAACUUCUGGGCGGAAUUGUUCAAAGCACAAGGGACUGUUCUAAAACACAGCACUGCAUAACACCCUCAGACGGAGGUGGUAAAUCAAUGCCUAGAGACCUAUCUAAUGUGUUUUGCAGCUGAUAAGCUACGCAUUUGGAGUCAGUAUCUUCCUUAGGCAGAGUUUUGGUAUAACACAUUAUUUCACACUGCUACCCAGCAUACUCCAUUCCGGAUUGUUUACAGCCGUGAUCCCUUGCCAAUAUUACACUUUGAGAAGGGUCUUACAGCUAAUUCUUCUGUGGAGCAGCUUUUACUAGAAAGGGAUGAGAUUUUACAGGAACUUAAGGCUCAACUUUCCAGGUCUCAACUGAGGAUGAAACAAAUGGCUGAUGGGCAUCGAUGUGAUAUUCAAUUUGAGGUGGGUGAUCUAGUGUACAUUAAGCUGUGUCCUUUCCGACAGAAGUCGAUGAAAAGAAGCUCAUGUGCCGUUUGAAGUUAUCUCAGAGGUGGAUAAUGUUGCUUAUAAGCUUAACUUGUCUCCUACUGUAGCCAUACGUCAUGUGUUCCAUGUGUCCCAACUAUGGAAGGCGAUUGGUAUCUCUCAGCUUUUCUCCUCCCUGCCGCCGCAUCUCACUGCUGAAGGAGAACUUGUUAUUGAACCCCGAGGCAGCGAUGGCAAUCAGGCCCUGUCUCGUUGACAGAAAUGGGGAGCCAGAAGUUUUGAUCAAGUGGAAAGAUCUCCCAGAAUCUGAGGCAACCUGGGAGCCAUUUGAAGCCAUACAGAAGCCAAUUUACUGUUUGAGCCAAUCCAGUUUGAGGAGCGUGGUAAUUUGCUCGACGAUUACUUGAAGAGCUUGAGCAAAGAAGAGAAGAAGACAUUGAUAUGAAAUGCCCUCAAUUCCUUUUUUAAACAUAGACUUUUUAACUAACAAACACGCAGCUAUGGAUUUAUUCACUCCACACCUCUCUUCAUAGAAAUGCCUGACUUUUCAAAAUUAAAUGUGUGAUGGUACUUGGGAAUAUGAAUGUGAUCUUGCUAGAAUCUCACUUUCUAUUAUUAUAUGAACAGAUCAAAGCCAAAGCAAGAAUUUAUAAGCAAUCCUCCAAAGUUUUU